AUGGAGCCGAAUCACACGACAUCUACCACCAAUGCGCUAUUUGUCGAUCUCGGACUUCUCAUGGACAUCAAUCAUCAAAUUGAAGCCCAAAGACCAGAAGAAUGGUACAGAGAUUAUAGAAUGCGCGUAGAACACAUAGAUAGCAUGAGUCCGCCUAUCACUAGCUCUGAGAAACAAACCGUGGCUACACUCGAGGGAUCGGAAGACGAUAGACUGUCUUCGGAGACACUGUCUGGUACGGAAGAGACAACAGAGAUCAUUCCAGAAACUCGAGCUGAAACUAAGAAGAGAAGGCGCCAGGAACUCCUCGAUAAUUAUGAUGCGGAAUCGUACGAGCUGGCCGUGGAUGGUCUUCUUGAGAGUCAGAUUAGACACUACGCGGUGCUGCAGCGAUAUGGAUUGGUUCCUACGCAAGCAAAAGAAGAUACAAAUAAUAAUGAGGAUACUUGGAGUGAGAAUAGUGAAGAAUCAGACCCUGUGCCAAGACAUGGUGAUUCUCUUUCCAAUCUACCCAUUUCACAAUUCUCGAUUAAGAGCAAAAUUCCUAAAUUAUUCCAUGGCGAGAAUAAUGUGAGCGCAAUUGGAGUGGGUCCUGGCGUCACAAAGAAAGGUCACGUUGCCAAGAAACGGGCAAUUAUCAACAAGAAGGAUAUGAUCGAGUUGAUGUUUAAGGGAAUGGAGCAUUGUUCCGGAGCUUAG